AUGUCACCGAGCUACACCACGUUCAAUUUUACUCUGGAUGCAUCGGCUUAUAGCCUUGGUCGUCUGUUGCGUUUUUGUUCAGCGGAUAGACCACUCCGCUUGAAACAACUCGCGCUUUCAAACGUGUACUUCACAGUCGACGCGCGGACACUUCCCCACUUGAAGUCACUACGCGUUCUCUCACCCAUUUCGUCUCCUCAUCUGUUUGAAGCCGACUCACCCAUCGAGUGGCCGAUCGGGCGCCUUCUCGACACGGGGAUCGACCUCGAGGAACUUGUCAUAUCGACGGGUGGCUUGGAGGCUAUUAGCGUGGACACGCUUCAGUACCUGGCUUCAUAUUCAGGUUUACAAAAAGUAGACUUCCUUGGCGUCAACGAACACAUUCUUUCGCAACUCUUCGCCCCGGCUGUCAUGCCCAGGCAUGCACCUACACUCCGAGAGCUCCACAUACAAACGCAUAGGCGCAAUUGGUUCGAGCCCUGCAUGCUCGAUGUGGCUCUGAUUGCUACAUGCGUGCGAUUGAGGAGUUUGAAUAUCUGUGUAUGUUGCCCUACGCCGGAAGGUCUCCCUGAACCGCAUGUACCUGAAUCCGAAUCCGGCCGCAUCGCUCCAAACAUUGAUGAUGUACUUGACAUGGCUAUGCAAUUGCCCGACCUGACUACGCUUACAUUAUGUCCCCACGCCUCCAUCAUCGCUAGUGGCUAUUGGUUCGGUUCAUACACAGUCAUUCCGCCGGUAGUCGUGGACGACACGAAGCGGCAUGUGCGAGAGUAUCUCUCCUCCUCCUGCCCAAGACCUCCCGGCUCCCCGCUCUUGACUGUGUGCAUCGGCGACGAUGAGGUCGAGGUUAGGAUCCCUCGAACGAGAGAGGGAAUCAGCCGGGAUGCUUUUGAGAGCGGUUUCCGGAUUGUUGGCAUCUUAGAUGAUUUGGAGGGAUCGGGACUGGGGAUUACAGACUAUGCGACGCCGGAUACCGUGAAAGUCUGA